GACCACAAACACACCACCUCCUGGUGGCAAAUUUGUUACUUCUAUCUGAUGCUGAUCAGCAGCAUCCUCCGCCAAUCAAAAUCCUUCGCGUGUCACAGCUACAAACUAAGGCUGGGAAAGUGUGAUUCUACCCAAUCUGUUCUGCUUUCAGUGCCGCCGGUUUGUGCUGAAUUGCUACACCAGAUGAGAAUUCGCUGUCUCUGACUAUAGAGGAGAGAGAUGUUGAACCCUUUCCUCUCUUUAACUCAGAAAACCCAGCUAUCACUUUUGUUUAAGACCGACCCCGUUUCAGAUUCCUGUGGAUUAUCUUCAAAGCAGACUGCUUUUCUCAGAGGACAGUUACAAUUUCAUAGCAGACACUUUCUUCACUUCAAGUUGAACCGUGGUCGGAUUAGAUGUACAGGAGUUGUGGUUUCACCGAGUUGCGUGCUCCCAUUGACUGAAGAGAAUGUGGAGAAGGUUCUAGAUGAGGUACGGCCUGGCUUAAUGCGUGAUGGAGGCAAUGUGGCUUUGCAUGAGAUAGAUGGUCUUGUCGUGGUUUUAAAGCUGCAAGGAGCAUGUGGAUCAUGUCCAAGCUCAAGUAUGACGUUAAAGAUGGGAAUUGAGACUAAGCUGCGCGAUAAAAUACCCGAAAUCAUGGCUGUAGAGCAGAUCAUGGACACUGAAACUGGAUUGGAGCUAAAUGAGGAAAAUGUCGAAAAGGCCCUUGCUGAGAUUAGACCAUACCUUGCUGGGACAGGAGGUGGAGUGCUUGAACUUGUUCAAAUCAAUGAUUAUGUUGUCAAGGUUCGGCUUAGUGGUCCUGCAGCUGGUGUUAUGACUGUUCGUGUUGCCUUAACUCAGAAGUUGAGAGAAACGAUACCUGCCAUUGCAGCUGUCCAACUGAUAGAUUGAUAAAGAAAUCUUCGCAAACAUCAUCUACAGCAAAGGAAAAAUAGAAUGUAAAGAGCAUGGAGUUUAUCUUCUUCACAGCAAGGAAUAAUCAGAUGUUAAUCAUAAAAUCACACCGGGUUUAACUUUUGGAUGCUGUGCUCGUUCAUUCUAAUAUGAAUUGUUUCAACUGCUUCAGUUAAUGAUGAUUUUUUAUUUUUUUUUU